AUGGAAGUUCAUAUUACUUCAAAGCAAAUGGUUAAGCCAUCCUCUUCAGAACUUCAUCUCUUGAAACCAUUCAACCUUUCACUUUUAGACCAACUCGCUAUAAGGAAGUAUACUCCGGCAAUCUUCUUCUACGGUAAACCUAGUGAUUCUUAUAUCGACGGUUCCCAAUUCUCAGAGCAACUAAAACAAACACUCUCGAAAGUUUUGACUCAGUUUUACCCUGCUGCUGGUCGGGUGAAGAACAACCCUUUUAUUACUGAUUUCGACGAGGGAGUUCCUUGUGUUGAAACCAGUGUGAAAGGUCGAUUAUCUGAUUUCAUUGAGUCAACUAAAAAACUAGAGGAAAUGAACCGAUUGCUACCUUAUCGACCCUUUUGCUAUAUUCAAGAUUCAGCAGCACCCCAAUUGACUGUUCAAGUUAAAAUCUUCGACUGCGGUGGGAUUGCACUAGGUUUGUGUUAUUUACACAAGAUCUUCGAUGCAGCAAGCAUAUUUGCUUUCCUUAAAAGUUGGGCAGCUUUCAGUCGUGGUUUGAAUGGUGAAAUACCAAACCCUGGACUGUUAGGGUCAUAG